AUGUGUGGCAUUUUUGCUUGCUACCGGAGGGGCAAUCGCAUCGACCCCUCCAUCGCCUUGCGCACAAUGCAUACGCUGGCCUUGUCACAAGUCACAAGCCUCCCCGUACGUCAAUUCUCUCUUACUCGCCGUCGUCACCCCUUUUGUAUUGGAGAAGCACUGACACAAUGUAGAAUCCGCCACCGAGGCCCCGAUUGGAGCGGCAACGUCAUUUCCAACAGCACCAUCCUUUGCCAUGAACGUCUCAGCAUUGUCGGCGUCGAGUCUGGCGCCCAGCCAUUGACCAACGCCGACGAUUCCAUCGUUCUCGCUGUCAACGGAGAAAUCUACAACCACCGUCUGAUCCGGAAGAACCUCAAAGAGACGUACCACUUCAAGACGCACUCGGAUUGCGAGGUCAUUAUUCCUCUGUACAUGGCCUACGAUAGCGACGCACCCGCUCAUCUCGAUGGCAUGUUCUCCUUUGUCCUCUAUGACAAGACCCAGGACCGCGUCAUUGCCGCCCGCGACCCCAUUGGCAUCACCACUUUCUACCAGGGUUGGUCCUGGAAGGAGCCCGACGCCGUCUACUUUGCCUCGGAGCUCAAGUGUCUAGCCCCCGUCUGCGACAAGAUUGUCGCCUUCCCUCCUGGCCACGUCUACGACUCAAAGACGGCCCAGACGACGAGAUACUUCAAGCCCACAUGGUGGGACCCCACCAACGUACCCUCGGCGCCCCUCGACUUGAUGGCCAUCCGUCAUGGUCUGGAAAAGGCCGUCCGCAAACGUCUCAUGGCCGAGGUCCCCUACGGUGUGCUGCUCUCUGGUGGUCUGGACUCGAGCCUCGUGGCCGCGAUUGCCCAGCGCGAGACGUUGCGUCAAAAGAAGCUCGCCAUCGAAGCCGGAAAGAACCAAGCUACCGCGCAGGACGCUGACAAGGGCGACGGCCUGGUCGGUAUCGAUGAUGAGGAUCACCUGGAAACCGUCACAUACCUUCCACAGCUCAACUCGUUUUCGAUUGGUCUGCCCGGCUCGCCCGACAACGUGGCUGCGCUCAAGGUCGCCGAGUUCCUCGGCACCAAGCACCACGUCAUGACAUUUACCAUUGAGGACGGCCUCAACGCCCUGUCGGAUGUCAUUUACCACCUCGAGACCUUUGACGUGACGACGAUCCGUGCCUCGACCCCAAUGUACCUGCUCUCGCGCAAGAUCAAAGCCAUGGGCGUCAAGAUGGUUCUCAGCGGCGAGGGUAGCGACGAGAUUUUCGGCGGCUACCUGUACUUCCAUGCCGCACCCGACAAGAAGGCGUUCCACGAGGAGACGGUGCGCCGUGUCAAGAACCUGCAUCUGGCUGACUGCCUGCGUGCCAACAAGUCGACCUCUGCUUGGGGUCUGGAGGCUCGCGUGCCCUUUUUGGACAAGGAGUUUUUGGAAACAACAAUGAACAUUGACCCGGCUACCAAGAUGAUUGACAAGGAGCAUAUGGAAAAGUACAUUCUGCGCAAGGCCUUUGACACGGCAGGCGAGCCCGACAACACACCGUAUCUGCCCGAGUCGAUCCUAUGGCGACAGAAGGAGCAGUUCUCGGAUGGUGUCGGAUACGGAUGGAUCGAUGCACUCAAGGACACAGCAGAGCUGCACGUGACCGACGACAUGAUGAAGAACCCCAAGGCGGAAUGGGGUACAGACGUGCCCGACACCAAGGAGGGAUACUGGUACCGUUUGAUGUUUGACGAGCACUUCCCGCCUCGCUGUGCGUCAACCGUCAUGCGCUGGACGCCGACUUGGUCCCAGCAGUCUGACCCCAGUGGCCGAGCCAUUGCCACCCACAACCAAAAGUACGACAACGCGGCAUAG